AGAAGUAGUGAUUGACAAUAUACAUUCAAACCCCGCCCACAGCGCACUAACGACGACCACCACCACAAAUAUAAACAUUCUCAGAUACAGUGAAAUCUUGGAAACGGAGAUUCCGUAUAGAGGAAUACAGAAUGUGUUACCACUUCAAAGAUUUGUAAGGAAACUUCGCUGAGUACUAACUGUUCUCUAUCUUUGGUAAACGAGACACCGUUUAUUUCUGCCUGAUAGUUGAUGUUUUUUUCUCUGAUUUGGGAGAUAAUCUGACAGGAAACCACAGGUAUUUCUUUAUGGAAAAUUUCCUCAUUUCAAGAGUUCUCUGCAAAAACACCAGUAACUAAAGGAAAAUUGGUACAAAGCAUCUACAAGGAGAGUGCGGUCAGACCUAAAAUGUUCAUCAAUAUGCAGAAAUUUCAUAUUGUUUUGCUCCUUUUCGUGGUUAAAGUAUCAGCAGGUCCUGUGUUUAAGAGUGAGUGUGUGCUUUCACCAGUCAGUGAUGAGUACCCUGUUCAAGCCUUUCUGGGAAGUUUUACUGUGUUGUCUGGAUGUGCAAGCAGAGGCACUAGAGGUUUACCACAUGAAGUGCAUAUCAUUAAUCUGAGGAGGAGUGAAGAAAGCACCAGCCACAGUAAAAGACAGGUGAUACUGCAUUUGACUCCAAUCAUGGCAGCUGCAGUGCAUAGCAAGCCUUUAGUGUUUGUUCUGAAUUCACCUGAACCCACAAAAUGGAAGCUGAAAACAAAAGGACUACAGCUUGGCGUGCAGAGAUAUUUUUAUGUAUCCAAGGGUUCAAAUGUGCAGUUUGAGACUGCAGACUUUUCUUCAACUGCGAAGCUGGAAGAACACAAUAUGCCUCAUGACAACAAGCAGCUGUUGCAGUGGACCCAAAGAAAAUUUAAGAGAGUCACCUCUUUUACUGAACUCAGAGUGUGUGAGAACAUCUAUGUCAAAGUGGGGGAAGAUCCUGUUUUUCCUGCCACAUGUGUCAUAGAAAAUAAUUUUCUCUCUCUGAAUUAUCUUGGAGAAUACCUUCAGCCACAGCCUGCCCGGGGCUGUAUUUUAUCCCAUCACAGAGAAGGCAAGCAGGUUCACAUAAUUGACCUGGAUUAUCCCAAUGCCAAUUCUUAUAGUACUUUCCAGGUGGAUAUAAUCAUUGAUAUAAGACAACUUCAGUCAGACACCAUGCUUGUCCAGGAUCUAGUGCUUAUACUCAAGUGCAUGAAUUCUGUUAACUGGGUUAUCAAGUCACGUGAUGUUAAAGGAACUCUGGAAGUGAUUACUCCCAACAGCCUCACUUUUGAUAAGGACCCUGAGAAUUUUCUGCUUGGGACGGUACGAUAUUCUGAUUUGCCUUCGCAUCAAAAUUUAAUUCAGUGGGCCAAGAGCAAUGGCUACAGUCCUGUAGCUACCUAUACCAAAGCACCAGUAGCUAACCGAUUUCAGAUUCGGCUGACAGAAACUGAAACCAUGGAGGCUGGUGAUCCUACUGAUUUUCCUCUUUUUCCAAACUUUCGUGCACUGCCUCCCCAAAUCCCUACUUUGAGUGAGGACAUUGGAUUUCCAUUUUCCUUGGACCCGGAACUAUACGAAGAAGACACUGAUGUUAUUCAACCACCUCCAGAUGCUUUGGAUAGGUUGCGCAGACCUGACAUAGAAGAACUAUUCCGAAAAUCUGUUGAAACGGAAGAAGCUCAGGGAAAUAUUAACAUGGCCUUAUCAGUAAAGUGUGAAGAUUACAAAAUAUUGGUGACUGUUGAAAAAAGCAGCCUUCAGGGAAAUGGAUAUAUGGUGCCAGAACUUUCUUUGCUCCACCCUUCCUGCAAAGCAAAGGCAAAUGCCACACAUUACAUUCUUGAGACUUCACUGAAUGACUGUGGAACACAACUGCUUUACUCUCAAGAAGUAGACAUUUAUCGAAAUUUUGUUGUAAUACAGCCUACAUCUCCUCGGGAUGGAAGUGGUUGGUCUAGUGACUAUGAAGACAUGGAGUCGGGAGAUCACGGGUUCACUGCAGACAUGGAUGAAACUGAUGCAGAACCUUCUGGUUCAGACACACGUAAAGUCCAAAAAAUAAAGUUUAAUUGCACAUACGUUCAGGAAAAAGAAGAGACUUCCAACAUGUCCUUCCCUUGGCCUCCAUAUUCUCAAUUCAGGGAUGCUGCCUUCAGCAUGGAUCUUUAUGACACAGAUCGAUUCCUUUCUCCUGCUCAAGGGCUAUUUCCAGUUUUUGAAAAUGGCCACAUAUAUGUUGAGGUUUCUGUGAAUAAAGCUGAUGAAGAUUUAGGAUUUUUAAUUCAGACUUGCUUCAUCUCUAAUUACUCAGACUCUGAAGUGAUUACUGAGUACACCAUUAUUGAAAAUAUAUGCCCUAAAGAUGAGUCCGUGAGAUUUUACAGUAUACAGAAGACAAAUUUUCCUAUGCUGCAUACAGAGACAGAUAAGAAAAGAUUUAGUUUUGAGUUUAAACCAGUGUUCAACACGUCCUUACUGUUUCUGCACUGUGAACUGUCCCUGUGCUCUAGGAAACAAUUCUACGCCCAAGAUCUGCCUAAGUGCAUCCCACCAGAUGAGGCCUGUGACACUGUUAAUAUGGAGAUGCUCCUGGCUAUGAUGAUGAAUAAGAAAACCUUCACCAAAGCCUUAGCAGUUAUGUCUAAUGGAACCUCCAAGACUACUACAGGAGUAAACCAAAUGCCUACAGUCAGUAUUAAAGAACCUCCUCCACCACCAGCACCAUAUGUCAUCUUAGGCUUGGACACCCCAACAGUUGUUGGAAUUGCGUUUGCAGCAUUUGUAAUUGGUGCCCUUUUGACAGGAGCAUUAUGGUAUAUUUAUUCCCAUACAGGUGAAACACAAGGACGACAGCAGGUUCCAGUAAUGCCUCCAGCUUCAGAAAACAGCAGUGCUGCACACAGCACUGGCAGCACACAAAGCACUCCUUGUUCCAGUAGCAGUACAGCGUAACCCUGUGGGAGAAGGAGAGGGUUAAGGAGCAAAGUAGGAGUGCAAAGUUUCAAAGUGACUGCUGACAUAAGCUCUUUUAGAUGAGAUGAUUCAUGUUGGUUACUGUUGAAAGCUGAAAAGGGAUUUUAACAUGAAAUCUCUUCAACCUUCCCAUCUCAAAUGCUUACAGUCUGUGGGUCUGUCUUUAUCAGCAAAACCUAAACUUGAUAAAACUACUAAGGGUCCCAAAUUGGGAACUGUUAGCAUUUCUUAAUUCUCAAAUGUGAAAUUCAUGCCAGCUAAAAAAAAGUGCUGCUUGUUCCACUUGGAAGACGUAAAGCUGUUCCUGUUUCCUGAAUUGUACACUGGCAUUGGGAGGUCAUUGUGUGUUCUGGCAAGGUUUGCUGCUGUAUAAACAACCAAAGGAAGACUUUCAAAGCCAUCAGCAAAUCAUAUCAUAAAGGUCUAUAAGACAUUUUAAUGUAAAACUAAGUUGUAUUAUGUAUUUAUAAAGUAAAUGAUAACUGUAGUUAACCACUCUGUUACUUAUAUGUAACAUUCCUUUUUAUAGUCACUUUGAAUGUAAUUAUCUGACUGGUAGAUGGAAACCUCUGGUAAAUGCAAAGCAGCUUCCACUUUUGAAAAGGGAGCCUUUGAAUGCCACAAGCCUCAUAGAGAUGUAUGCAUUAUGUGUCCUUGUCUGAAACAGUUUUUAUUAAUGAUUAUUAUUAUUAUUAUUUUUUUAGCUAAAAAAUAUGCAAAGCCCCUUUAAAACCAGCAUCCUAAAAUAUGCCUAUGAUCCUCUUGCAGGGAUAUAGGUUGACAAGGCAUGGUGGCACACAUUGUCCCUACCACUGUGGUGGUCACUGAGAAGAAGCAUACUGAGUUUUCAUUUUUUUUCUGCCGUUUGCUUUACUUUUGGAGACACUGCAUACAUGUAUAUGUUUAUGGGUGUGUUUGUGUGUAUGUGUGCAUGCAUAUGUGCGUGUGUGUGUGUGUGAGAGAUGUAUAGUAUCUACUAAUUGUAUUUAUUUGUCCUUGUCCAGAAAGUAGGGUAGUGAUGUACUUGUGCCAUUUGUAAUACAUGUGAACACGUCUGUCAAGCAAAGUACCAGACUAUCAGAAAUUUUGUGAUGAAUCAAACAGAGGCAUAAUAUGUUUGUAUGCUGAUAAAUUUGCUUAGUGAUGGCUGCUUUUCCUGUGCCAGAAGUAAAGCUUCAGUUCACAUUAUAGACUAUGGAUGGACCUACAGAUUUCUGAUACUUCUUAGGGAUGUUUAUCAAAUAUGCACAUAAAAUCUUCAGCAGCCGAAUAUAUAGCUUAUUACAUUAUACUGUGUUAUGUACAUAAGGUUUAAAGUAUUAUAAAAUGUAUUAGAACUCCUGUGUGUGACUAUCAUAAGCAGUACCUUACCAAAACAUCAUGUGUUUGCGUUAAACUUCUUAAACAUAUAGAAAGUGAUGAUGGGUAUUUCGGCAGCUGAGUAAUUAGCAUCAAUGGGCAAAGGAUUUCAGUUAGUAAAGGUAGCAAUUAGCCAUGCACUAAAAGUGCAUAAAGAACAGUUACAGCAAAAUUAAUUUAAAAACACAGACCUAUUUUACAAGUCCAGGAAAAUCCUGGAAAUUUUGUUUUACUUGUAAUACAUUGCUGGAGGACUGGAUGCACUUUGCCACUGGACUGUUGGCAUCAUUGGGUCCUUUUACCUGUGCAUUGCAAGUGAUGACACUAUAACAGUCUGGGUACCUAAGACAAUUGGGUGUAGUGCUACUGUAGCACACUUCGUGAAAAUUAUUAGGAGGAAGUGCAAUGAUUUUUGUUUUUGCCAAAGUGACUGAAAUUAUUGCACAUGAAAAGGGAGCUCUGACAGUUAAGACUGCAGACAGGGCAUAGCUACUACACUGCCAUUUAUCACCCUGGAAGUUUCUGUUUAUACAGCUAUUUUUUUCCAUUGUACAUACUGUAAAUGGAUAUGUUCUGAAUGUUUUAGGGAUGGGACAGUUAUCCUUGUAUAUAACAUCAUGCUUCUUGUACCAUGUGUGGUGCAAAAAAUGUAUGGAAUGGAAUGUAGAUGACAAUCUGGCUGCAUAUUCUGUGUAAGCAUACAUUAUGUCUUCAAAGAAGACCUAAGAUUUAAACAAUGCA